AUGAAGGGCACCUCCAUUUUCCAAUUCAAGUCGUGGCCCAAAAUACAUCAGCCACUACCUCGAACUCCGCGAGAGUCUCAACAGUUACUGAAUGCCCUCACAUCAUCCUUUCGCAGUCAAUUGGACCAGGCGUACCCAGCCUCCAAGCCACCCCAUAAUGAAAGCGAUCGGCAGCCCUUGAAUACGGAUUCCUCGCUUCAUGCAACAGACCAACACUUGCAUAAUAUCCUGGAUAACCCGUUAUUUCGAAUCGUACCACCCAAGGCUACGUCUCUGGACCAUCAUGCGGGAAAGAAUAUUAGCCAAGACAAGCGACUAGCUGAGAACCCAAUGGGGCUCUUCGAUGAAAUGGCAGCAUCGGGAGCAGUCACACCGUUUUUGCUUACUAAAUGCUUAAAGUCGCAACUUCUGCUAGUGCGCUCCUCAGAUAAUGGGGAAGUCAGCGAGACGAUGAAGACGUCUCGUACCGCAUCUAGAGUGGUAGAUUGGUUUUGGGCUUCAGAUGGGGCUUCCCGACAAAUGCUUCUACGCUGGAAAGCUACUUCCUCGUCCUUGGCCAAGUUCAUGGUCGCAGAAGGUCUUCAAGAUACGAUUAUCUGUUGGCUCGAAAUGCUCAUGAGCUAUGACCUCGGCGGUCAUAAUGGCCGAAUGAAUGAGGUGGUGGCCCAGCAAACUUUUAACAACUUUCUGGUUGGCUUCAUAGAAGCUGAAAUUCGAUAUGGAAAGGGUUUGGGCUCGGCAUUCCAACAUUACGUACAUGUCUGCAACAUGCAUUCAAUAUCUCGACAGAAAACCCAUUUGCCUGGAAAAACAAUGUUGUUGGAAGCCGGAGCCCGUCUUAACCGAGCGGCAUUGGAACUCAAACCUUUGAAUGAGCUAGUAUCGGUCACGACCUACGAUGAGUAUCAGAGUGUAAUCUCCACACUGUCCGUCCCGAACUCAUUGAUAUCCGCCAGCAUAUCGCUUUGCCAUCCAAAAAAUCCUGACCCUCAACCUUUAAUUCGAUUCGUGGAAACCUUGUCGCCUACCAAAUUCCUUUCUUGGAAUUCUCCGCGACGGGAUGCGGUACUUCGUAUUGCGUGCGAUGCACUACACCUUUUGAUUGAUCGGAAGAAUAUCCGGGAGGCUAUUCAUCUGGCUCACCUUAUACAGCAAUUCUUUCCAAAUACGACCGCAGAUUCUACCGCUGAAGGAUCUCGCCUUCCUAUCUCUUCCAAAGAACAGGAGGAUCUUCUUAGCCGUCUUGAAUUUAGCUUGGCCUGA